CCCAGCAUGGCGGCGCUGAGUUGAGGUAGCAGCUCUACUGGACGGACUGUGAUAGCCUGGUUUUCGUUAGCUUUUCCUUGUCACCUGCUAAUUCGCAGGACCAGGCCGAAGAUGACGGCCUGAGAGAGGAGCGGCAACAAGAUCGAGAGAUGCAACAACACCGGCCACCGCAGCAGCAGCAGUACUCGCAGUCGAAGGCAGAAAACAGCAAAACCAAGAGCAUGUUUCUGUCCAGGGCGCUGGAGAAAAUCCUCUCGGAUAAGGAGGUGAAGAGGAGCCAGCACAGCCAGCUGCGUAAAGCCUGUCAGGUGGCGCUCGAUGAAAUCAAGGAAGAAUUGGAGAAACAAAAGGAUGGUACCGUGGUCCCGCCCAGAGCCAACUACAUCGAGGCUGAUAAAUAUGUGCUGCCUUUUGAGUUGGCGUGUCAGUCUAAGUCCCCCCGGAUAGUUAGCACCUCUUUGGAUUGUCUGCAGAAGCUGAUCGCUUACGGCCACAUCACAGGCAACGCCCCGGACAGCAGAACACCUGGGAAGAGGCUGAUCGACCGACUGGUGGAAACCAUCUGCAACUGCUUCCAGGGACCACAAACCGACGAGGGAGUCCAGCUACAGAUCAUCAAGGCCCUGCUGACAACGGUCACCUCCCCGCACAUCGAGAUCCAUGAGGGCACAGUCCUCCUCACCGUCAGGACCUGCUACAACAUCUACCUGGCCAGCCGCAACCUCAUCAACCAGACCACGGCCAAGGCCACCCUCACCCAGAUGCUCAACGUCAUCUUCACCCGCAUGGAAAACCAGGCUGCUUUGGAGGCUCAGGAGCAGGAGAAGGAGCGCCUACGUUUGCCCCAGCAAAAUCCGUCCCCUGUCCCAAGCAGCCGGAGGUCUGGCUCCCCCCGGUCUGACCAUACGUCAACUCCUGAGCCACAGAACUCCCCAUCCCCGGCAGCGAGUACUCCAGAUCUCACCACCAAUACCAGCAGCUCCACACACCCAUCUCCAGCCCCUGAUCUGGACCAGGACCAAGAGCCAGACACACCGUCAGUCAAUGGGGAAGCCGAGAGUGAAAAUACUCCACCUAAUGGAGAAGCAGAGCAGGUCACACCAUCAACAGAUUCAGUGUUUGAAGAUGAGGGUCCUGAGACUUCUCCCACAGCAGCUCAGCAAGGUGACGAAGGGGACAAACCAGAGAGCAACUCGAACCCAGCAGAGAAGGGAGAGCAACAGCCAACACAGACCCACGUUGGAGCAGGAGGCGAGCACCCACCCCACCCUGCCACCGAGCAGACAGAGGUGGCUCCCCCCAGAGUCAGAACAGAAGGUCAGCAGAUGAAUGGUAUCAUCGAGGACCGGUCUUCACUGUCCUCCACAGACAUGCUGGAUGCUGAGGCCCUGCAGGGACCCCACAACGCUGCUCGCUUCUCUCACAUCCUGCAAAAAGAUGCAUUUCUGGUGUUCCGCUCUCUGUGUAAGCUUUCCAUGAAGCCCCUUGCUGAUGGCCCUCCAGACCCAAAGUCUCAUGAGUUGCGGUCCAAGAUUGUCUCCUUGCAGCUGCUGCUCUCCGUGCUGCAGGGCGCUGGGCCGGUGUUUCGCACCCACGAGAUGUUUGUGAAUGCCAUCAAGCAGUAUCUGUGUGUGGCACUGUCCAAAAAUGGCGUCUCCUCUGUACCUGAGGUCUUCGAACUCUCAUUGGCCAUCUUCCUCACCCUGCUUUCCCACUUCAAAGUCCACUUGAAGAUGCAGAUUGAGGUGUUUUUCCGAGAGAUCUUUUUAACCAUCCUGGAGACGUCGACCAGCUCCUUUGAGCACAAGUGGAUGGUUAUCCAGACGCUAACACGCAUCUGUGCAGAUGCUCAGUGUGUUGUUGACAUAUAUGUAAACUACGACUGUGACCUGAAUGCUGCCAACAUUUUUGAGCGUCUUGUCAAUGAUCUGUCCAAGAUCGCUCAGGGCAGGAGUGGUCAGGAGCUCGGGAUGACACCCCUGCAGGAGCUGAGCCUACGUAAAAAGGGUUUGGAGUGUCUGGUGUCCAUCCUCAAAUGUAUGGUGGAGUGGAGCAAAGACAUGUAUGUCAAUCCAAACCUUCAAGCUAACUUGGGUCAGGAGCAUCCGUCUGAUAGCGAGGGGGCCGAGCUGAAGCUCCCAGAGCAGCUGGCGGGACGUAGGGACAGCAUCAGCUCGCUGGAUUCUGCCAUCUCUUCCAGCGUCGCUGUAUCCCAGGCAGACCACCCAGAGCAGUACGAGGUCAUAAAACAGCAGAAGGACAUCAUUGAGCACGGCAUUGAACUCUUCAACAAGAAGCCAAAGCGUGGUAUCCAGUACCUGCAGGAUCAGGGCAUGCUGGGUCCUAAAGCUGAGGAUAUCGCCCAGUUCCUCCACCAGGAAGACAGACUGGACACAACGCAGGUAGGCGAGUUCCUGGGAGAGAACAUCAAGUUCAACAAAGAAGUGAUGUACUGCUACGUGGACCAGCUGGAUUUCUGUGGCCGGGACUUUGUCUCCGCACUUAGGAUAUUCUUGGAAGGCUUCAGGCUGCCAGGGGAGGCCCAGAAGAUCGACAGGCUGAUGGAGAAGUUUGCUGCUCGGUACCUGGAGUGUAACCAGGGACAAACUCUGUUUGCCAGUGCCGACACUGCAUACGUGCUGGCAUACUCUAUCAUUAUGCUCACCACAGACCUGCAUAGUCCUCAGGUGAAGAACAAAAUGACAAAAGAGCAGUACAUUAAGAUGAACCGAGGUAUUAAUGACAGUAAGGACCUGCCAGAGGAGUAUCUGUCCUCCAUAUAUGAUGAAAUUGCAGGCAAGAAGAUAGCAAUGAAGGAGAGCAAAGAGUUUUCAAUCACUCCAAAGUCCACCAAGCAGAGUGUGGCCAGUGAGAAGCAGCGUCGUUUGCUCUACAACAUGGAGAUGGAACAGAUGGCGAAGACCGCUAAAGCUCUCAUGGAGGCGGUCAGCCAUGCUCAGGCGCCCUUCUUCAGUGCUACACACCUGGAGCACGUCAGGCCCAUGUUUAAGCUGGCAUGGACCCCACUGCUGGCUGCGUUCAGCGUGGGCCUGCAGGACUGCGACGACCCUGAGGUAGCAUCGCUGUGUCUGGAGGGCAUUCGGUGUGCCAUCAGGAUCGCAUGCAUCUUCAGUAUGCAGUUGGAGCGAGAUGCGUACGUUCAGGCUUUGGCCAGAUUCACCCUCCUGACAGCCAGUUCCAGCAUCACAGAGAUGAAGCAGAAGAACAUUGACACUAUUAAGACUCUGAUCACUGUGGCCCACACUGAUGGAAACUACCUGGGCAACUCCUGGCAUGAGAUCUUGAGGUGUAUCAGUCAGCUGGAGCUCGCCCAGUUGAUCGGGACAGGGGUGAAGACGCGCUACAUCUCAGGGGUGGUCCGGGACAGGGAAGGUGGCAUCAAAGGCUUACCCUCCGGCACAGAGGAGUUCAUGCCCCUGGGCCUGGGUAACCUGGUGGGAAGUCAAGAUAAGAGACAGAUGGCUCAUAUUCAAGAGUCAGUAGGAGAGACCAGCUCUCAGAGUGUGGUGGUAGCUGUAGACAGGAUCUUUACUGGUUCCACCAGAUUAGAUGGAAAUGCCAUCGUGGACUUUGUGCGGUGGCUGUGUGCGGUGUCCAUGGACGAGCUGGCCUCGGCACACCAGCCAAGGAUGUUCAGCCUGCAGAAGAUUGUGGAAAUCUCCUACUACAACAUGAACCGCAUCAGGCUGCAGUGGUCCAGAAUUUGGCAGGUCAUUGGCGACCACUUCAACAAGGUGGGCUGUAACCCUAAUGAGGAUGUUGCCAUCUUUGCUGUGGACUCACUAAGACAGCUGUCGAUGAAGUUCUUGGAGAAGGGAGAGCUGGCUAACUUCCGUUUCCAGAAAGAUUUCCUGAGGCCUUUUGAGCACAUCAUGAAGAAAAACAGGUCCCCCACUAUCAGAGACAUGGUGAUCAGGUGUGUGGCUCAGAUGGUAAACUCCCAGGCGGCAAACAUCCGUUCAGGCUGGAAGAACAUCUUCUCAGUGUUUCAUCAGGCAGCGUCGGACCAUGAUGAGACUAUAGUGGAGCUGGCCUUCCAGACCACUGGCCACAUUGUCUUGAACACCUUCCGGGAGCACUUUGCAGCUGCUAUUGACUCUUUCCAGGAUGCAGUGAAGUGCCUGUCAGAGUUUGUGUGCAAUGCGGCUUUUCCUGACACCAGCAUGGAGGCCAUCAGACUCAUCCGACACUGUGCUAAAUACGUCUCUGACAGACCACAGGCCCUGAGGGAAUACACGAGUGACGACAUGAAUGUUGCCCCUGGCGACCGGGUUUGGGUUCGCGGCUGGUUUCCUAUCCUGUUUGAACUUUCUUGCAUCAUCAACCGCUGCAAGCUGGAUGUCCGCACCAGAGGUCUCACAGUCAUGUUUGAGAUUAUGAAGAGUUACGGUCACACCUUCGAGAAGCACUGGUGGCACGACCUCUUCCGAAUUGUCUUUCGCAUCUUCGACAACAUGAAGCUCCCCGAACAGCAGACAGAGAAAACUGAGUGGAUGACGACAACGUGUAACCAUGCCCUGUAUGCCAUCUGUGAUGUGUUCACACAGUUUUAUGAGCCUCUCAGUGAAAUCCUACUGGCUGACAUUUUCACCCAACUCCAGUGGUGUGUCAGGCAAGACAACGAGCAGCUGGCUCGGUCCGGGACAAACUGCCUGGAGAACCUGGUGAUCCUGAAUGGGGAGAAGUUCAGCCCCGAGGUGUGGGACAUCACAUGCUCCUGUAUGCUGGAGAUCUUCCAAAACACCAGCCCUCAAGCUUUGUUGACUUGGCGACCGGCUGGACAGGAUGAGGAAGCAGCUGACGCGAAACACUUUGAUGCUGAUUUCGACACUCAGUCACAGAGCAGCUACGACCGAGCGCUCUCCGAGAGAGGACACAGUCAGAUGUCCAGUGACGACACCUGGAAAGGCAGAAGCAAUGCCAGAGUUUCAGACCAGAGGCUGUUUGCAGGCCUGCUGAUCAAAUGCGUCGUGCAGCUUGAAUUAAUACAGACCGUCGACAACAUUGUCUUCUACCCAGCCACCAGCAAGAAGGAGGAUGCUGAUAAUAUGGCUGCUGCGCAGCGGGAUGCUCUGGAGGAGUCGGAGGCUGAGGGACGUGAGUCGGGUCCAGAUCAGGGCAUGUACAGACACAUGACGUCCGCACACCUCUUCAAGCUGCUGGACUGCCUGCUGGAGUCACACACCUUUGCCAAGGACUUCAACUCCAAUAACGAACAGAGGACGGCACUCUGGAGGGCAGGGUUUAAAGGGAAAUCUAAGCCCAACUUACUGAAGCAGGAGACCAGCAGUCUAGCCUGCAGCCUCAGGAUCUUGUUCAGGAUGUACUCGGACCCUCAGCUGCAGGACUCGUGGCCCGACAUCCAGACACGCCUGCUGCUGGUGUGUAAUGAAGCUCUGGGCUACUUCAUCAGUCUGACCUCAGAGAGCCACAGAGAGGCUUGGAACAGCCUGCUGAUGCUGCUGCUCACCAGGACUCUGCGGCUGCCCGAUGACAAGUUCAAGCCUCACUCUUCCUGCUACUACCCCCACCUGUGUGAGAUGAUGCAGUUUGACCUGAUCCCUGAGCUGCGGGCCGUCCUCAGGCGCUUCUUCCUGCGCAUCGGCUCCGUCUUCCACAUCGCUGCUGCUCAUCCAGAGGGUGCGCCCGGCCGGACUCCCGCAUCCUAAGAAGGCAGGUGAACAGGGAAACGGCGAGUGCUGGUGAGAAGGUGGACACAACUCCCGAGAGACUCUAUACCUCUGAUUGGAUCGGAUCACAGAUGGCUGAUAAAGACAAGCUUUCCCGUUGGGACUCUGCAUUGAGUGCUCCUGUUUUCGGCUGCGCUCGGCAGCCAGAAACGCCUUCGCCCGGACCCCUGGCCGUCCUCUUUAUCUCGGAGAUGAACAGCACUGUGACCAGUACUCUCUGCUGACUGUAGUCAUUUAUCAUCCCCCUGACUCUCAUCUCGAAAAAACUGUAAACAAAUAAUUUAUUGAUAUUAUUGCAAACCCUUUCACAGAUUUUGAGCGUUUUCUUUUCCUGCUUAAUUUUUUAAAUACUUUAAAACAAAAAGAAAAAUGUCUAUAUGCUGAAAGGAAAUGAAAAAUCUCAUUGAAUUUUAUUUCCUUGCAUUUGCUCUAGUAAAAGAUGAAAUCUGGCCACCUGUGCCUGUUUGGGGAAAAAAAAAGAAAAAAAGGUGAUCUAAUCAAAAUAAGUUCCUUGUGUUAAUGUCAAUCCUGAAGCAUUAUUGAACUCUCAUAUCUGUGUUAAUAUCAAGGAGGUUGUUGAAAAGGCUGAACCUCACAGCUGCAGGAGAAAUCAAUCUGCGCCUCUUACAACACUAUCAGCGAUCUUUAAUUGGGAGAUCUGUGUGACACGGCCAUCCCGUCACGUUUGUCACCUCUUGCCUAUCAGUGAGAUUUUACGUAUUUAUUUGGCUCACUUUCUUUAGUUAUUGUUUGGAUAAUUGCUGGUUUACAGUGUACGGAUGGUUAAUAUACUGGCUGCUUCCCUCUGCUGUGCAUUCUCGCGUGUGUUGACCCAGUCAGCCUUACACUGGGGUCGACUUCUCCUGGCUUUACAGUGGACUCAUAAAACCUCCACACUUCCAUCAGUUGGACUAGAAUACUACAGUUGUCCAUAUCUUUAUUUUUUACAGAGUGUUCAGGUAUUAACAUGACACAGUGUAAUGACUUACACUGAAUGCCUAGAACUCCCUUUAGUGUUGACGCUCUUCCACAUUAGUUUGACAGAGCAAAACCAAAACCUGCAUCCACAGAGGCUCCAGCAUCUCUGCAUCCUGGAUCAUUUCAAGUUUGUUCCAUGCCUUUUUUUUUUAAAAGGAGGAUGUAUGUAAUUAUUUAAAGUGCAUUUAAAUAUUUUUUUGAAAAGCAUUCCUUCCCUCGCAACUAUGGAUGUCUACUUCCCUAAAUCUAGGGAAUAUAUAAAUAUAUAUAAAUAUAUACAGUAAAUGAAAAAAAAAUACAGACUGUAAAGUUUUCAAUGUAAGAUACAUAGAAAUGAAAGUGAUCUACGGUUCUAUACAUAAUAUUGUGAUGUAAUCUUCUAAGCAUUUGGUGACGUAAUCAAUAAACCUGAGUUCUGAUCUACUCCAGUGUCUGUUGGUGCAGUUUUAAAGCUGUUUAGAGGGUGACCAACACAGGUGGUACCACCUAACAUUAAGCGCUGAGUUUGCUGACCUCCAGUUCUAAUGGUAACGGAGGCUGGUAAUGCGGUGUGGAAUGGAGCCGUCAUUAAAUUUGCUGUUAUUGCACGUGCUUUUUAUGACAUGACCAAAUAAAGCC